AUGGCAGCUAACGGCAACAUCAGCAUCGUUAACAGUGGUCUGACCGCCAAUGGUUCGGUGGUGUCAUCGGAGUGGGAGGGAAUAGAGACCGCAACUCCUGGCCACUUUGUGGUCAUAGCGCCGCCGGUGGGCCUCGGCGUCUACAACGUCAUAGGCAUCGACUACGACGCCUACUACUGCGCAUACUCUUGCGAUCAGCUCGGCGAGUUUCGUGAUCAGUUUGCCUGGGUUUUGUCCCGUACUCCCACACUGCCUACUGACGUUCUGGCAGCAGCAGAGGCGGUGUUCACCACCAACAACAUCGACGUCAACAUAUUCGAGCCAACGCACCAGGGCGACGAUUGCGUCUACCCUCCACUGCCUCGUCUAACUUGA